AUGCUAAAUCCGACGAAACAACACGGAGAUGUAGUUAUGAGCGACCAAUACUUCCAAAUGCCAGACUUUAUCGGACAACAACCUCCGACACAUAGCGAUAACAAACCGUGGCACUUUGACACCGAAUUUCGGCAAACGAAUUGGGUGAAUUUGAUUCAAUUUUUGGAAACACUACGAUUUGACGAAUACUGCGCCGAGCGGUCAAAACAAGAGAAUUAUAAAACGAACAUUCGCACAUUGUCUGUGAUCAAAGAACAGUUACCAACGAAUAAAGAGUAUGCUUUGAUGGCAGAAAUGUUGGCGAGGAGAGUGCUGCCAAAUUAUAAAGUAAAGGAGAGUCGGCUUGAAGAAUCGUUGACAAAAAUGUUCUCAAUACUGGGGAUUGCGUUUAACUCGAAAUAUCUGAUGCACACGUCUGCUCCACAUUGUUGGUCUUUUAUGUUGAGUGGUUUGGUGUAUUUAAAGGAGCUCGGAGAUAGCAUUGAGACGAACGAGGAUGGGAUGUUCGAGUCGACACCAGACGAACAGAUCGAAAACGAACUAAAUUCUUGCGUUAUAAGUUCCGUCGUUCUGCAUAAGGACAAUCUCCAAAAGUCUCAAAAACUUGAGGAGAUGAUUUCUGGAAAGAAAAAGGAGAUUGAGAAGAGAGAUGUUGAAGUUAACAAACAGCUGGAGAUGGUCAGUUUAAAACUCUCACAACUUCAACAUGUCGAGGGACAAGUCGAUUAUCUGAAGGAGCAGAAGAAAAUGUUAGACCAGAGUUUGAAAGAAGUUUCAGGUGAGCUUACAUUGAUCCAAGUAAAUUGUCAAGAAAAAAAGGAGGAGCUUGGAAAACGUGGGUUGGAACUCAAAACACAGCAAACCACUUUAAAAGACAAAACCGAACAAUGUGAGAAGUUGAGAUUGACAAUUGGCGAAACGGCGCGUUUAGAAACAGUAGAAGAAGAGCUUUAUCGGAGGACAGAAGAUUGGAAAGAAGCUGUUAAGAAAACGACUGAAUUGUCGUUGCAGUUAAAGGAGACCAAAGAAGCUUUAUCGCAAGAAAUUAAAGAAGUCAAGAACUUAGUGAAUGGCCUAGAGAAGGAACUAUCCCCUGAAUUGAGGAAGCGAUUGAUCUUGUUUGAUUGUGAAGAUCCGAAUACAUGUUCUGAUGGAUUAAAGAAAUAUCAAGAGAUAGGGAAGAUCAUUAAAGAAGAGUUUGAGGAGAAGGAGAAUGCUCAGAUGAAGUUGAUUGACGAGCUUGACAAACAACUUCAAGAGGUGGAAACAAAGACAAAAGCUGUUCAGAGAGAUAUAGAGAAGAAUACGAAUGAGUGGAAUGAAUAUAUUAAAAGGAAGGAGAAAGCGGAUAAUGACAUAUUGAGAACAAACGCAAGUGUUGGAGCUUUGGAUAGAGCUGGGUUACAAGCAAAGGUUUCUGAAUUGAACAAGAAAGAUAUGUUUUUCAAAGAACUGAUGACAAGUGAACUGGAAUGGCGAACUAAAGCAGAGAAGUGUUCACAACGGCUUGAAUUUUUUAAACAAUUCACCCACGAAAAGAAUAUCGAAAUCAUGGCAAAGUUCGAACAAUUCUUGAACGAAUACCAAAAACAACUGACUGACUUCGACUUGUUGAUGCAAAACGCUAAAAGAAUCACUAGAGACUCGUUCGAACAAAUUGGCGUCCACCUCUCGACUUAUCUCCCUAAAACAAAUUGA